CACAGAGCGCCUCUACUCACAGGAUCCAGGGAAGCUGCGCAUAAUUUUAGAUCAGCACUCACAGUGUAGCCUAGCGUGCAGGAGGGGAUGAGGGAAGAGGGUUUAGCAUAAGUAACUGCUAUUGUAUUUGAAUGCAACAACUUACUUUAUGUCACUUUCCUGCUGUUAUUUAUAAAGAGAGCAUAGCCUACUUGUAUGAUACCUGUCACGUAUUGGUGCUGCAUGCGCUGACAAGCCCAUGGAAUACAGUCGUGCCUGACAGUUUGAUGAGAAGUCAGUGGUCCUGGUCCUGUAACUCUCACCAGCCCGCACACCCUUCACUGCCCUGAAUUUGCAUUUCAUAGUGGCUGCAAUCGAAACCCGCAGUUGCCAGACAUGAGUGCUAUUUUUGCGUUGAUUCUGGCGACCUGUCUGAGCGGGGGUUGGGGAUGUCAGUUGGCCCACGACUGGAGACCCCAGACUGAGGCGUGCCGUGCGGAGCUCGCGGAGAUCAUCGUGUUCGCCAAGGUGCUUGCGCUGCACAAGGACUCGUACAGUGUGUAUAACUACCUGCCUUGGCAGUAUGACACGGACCUCUUCUUCUCCGCAGAGAUCGAGCUGCAAUGCGACCAGGCGUGGGGCAGCAUGCUGGAGGUCCCCACCGGCUCCCGGUUCAAUGUCACCGGGCUGGGCUACUUCCCCUGUUACUCCUACAGCGUCGUGGAGAAUAGCUCUUACUAUUUCUUUCUGAGGAUGGAUGAGAACUACAACAUCAUCCCCCAUGGUGUUAACUUCCAAGAUCCAAUCUUCCCAGACACACCAGAGAACCACCGCAUGUUCGCCAGCCUCUUCCAGUUCUCCAACUGCACGGCCGGAAUCACAGUCCACACCUACACCCCAGAGUGGGAGGCUCAGGAAGACAGCCGGCUGCUGUGCUCAACGGUGCAGAAGGCCCUCUUUGAGGAGGAGGAGCGUGUGAAGACUCUCUCCCAAAAUGUGCGUUCUCUGGAGAAGGCCAACAGCCAUCUGCGGGACAAGGUGAAGAACAUGAAGCGCCUGCUACGCCAGGCCAAACGAGACACCAAGGACCAGAAGACCCUUCCAAUGAAACAGCUGCACAACCCCGAGCCCCCCCACCCACACCAGGACACCACACAGGACCAGAAAAGACCCGCCCUCAAAAAGAUCCUCACCAAGACGCUAAAGAACUGAGCCUAAACCCACCCCUACCACCACCACCUGUUGCACUGCAGACAUGGACAGGCUUAAAAGGAUAUAAGAACUGUAUAGAAUGUGACAUCAGGAGAAGGAUAAGUAGGCUAUAGACAGGUAUUGUAUGUAAUAGUGUAUCAUGUCAAAAGCUUUGGAGAUAGAGGAAUUGCAUACCCUUAAUGUGAUGCAGACUAGGCACACCUCUGUUACAAGAAAGUGCAUUCAGCAAAUCAGAAAUGUUUUGUAUCCUGAAAAAAACAACGAUGCAGUAAAACAACGAUGGAGGUUUCUUAUUAUUUUUCCCUUCAAUAAUAUAAACCUAUAGAAUAGCCUUCAUAAUUUCUAAAUAUAAAUCAAGUUAUUUCACACACAUAUACUCAGUAUGGAUCUAUAAGGAAUGCAUACACUACAAUGUGAUAAGCAUUUAUUGUCAUUGCAAUCACAUUGUGUCACUCUGUUCUUACCACAGGAAGAGUAGCAGGACAAUUUGAGGAAACCCAGCUAGCAAUGAGGAAUCGGCCCAGAAACGGCCCUCUUCCGGGGGGGCGGAACUGAUUGAAUCGGCUGCCCAGAAUCGGCCCAAGUACAUCGGCCGUUUCUGUCUACCAGAAUUCAGCCGACGUUGCCGGCAUCUUACCAGAAUCCCCCCAGAAGCGGCCUGAUGCAAAUGUAAAUAAAUGCGUUCAAAAUUACCCAAAUUCGUAAUUUUAAAUAUGACUAUUAUACAUACAAAUUAUACCCAUCCACAAAAAAACACCAUACACCUGGUGACCGUGUCAGCGAGUCGCUACAGCGUGAUGGGACAAGGACAUCCCAGCCGGCCAAACCCUCACCUAACUCGGACAACGCUGGGCCAAUUGUGCGUCACCUCAUGGGUCUCCCGGGCGCGGCCGGCACGGGUCUCAGACCAACAUCUGUAGCUCCAUCCACAAAGUUUUUAAUGCUUAUCAAUUGCCUUGCACAAAGUAUCAAACUUCUAAAAUACUACACAGGACUCUUAAAGAAUAAAAUAAAAAAAUUGUAUCACAGAAACAAUGAGAAAAUAUGGAAAAAAUGUAUAAUGAAAUGUUAACUAUAUAAAGCAGCCCGUGUAAUCAUCUGCCAGAGAGUAGCCGCAAUCGUCCUGAGCCUAAAGUAAUACAUUUGGGCCAGAUAACUCUCACCGGAAUCGACCCGAGCACCAAGUUAUACAUUUGGGCCAGAUAACACACACCGGAAUAGGCCCGAGCUCAAUCCCCGCAUCCUAGCCAUAAGUAAUACUGCCAAAGGUGGCCCAGACUCAGUGUCCCGACUCUCAGCCGGAAUCGGCCCAGAUCCACUGUGCUAGCUGGGAAACGUUGUCUUGGAUCAAAUGUGAUUUCCACACACAGGCUGAGACGGCACUCUUGCUUCAUUACGACUCACUGGUUAUAGAACAGUGAGAACAAAACAGACGGGGGUUCGCUUCGAUUGUUGACAACAUGUAAGCUGUAUUUAGUCUCCAAAUGAUUAUUGAAAACAUAAAUACAUUUGCACAAUGAGGACUUCUCUCAAACACAUCGUUACACUUUUUGGAUAGCAAGCUAGUGAAUUUUAGCCAUUUUGGCAUUGACAUGAAAUCAAUGAAAACACCUCAAAACAAGAUAUGUUAGCAAGAAUAAGAUAAAACAAGAUAAA